AUAAUGGAUUGGAAAUUUUGACCCGUUUUUGUUUUCGUGGAAUGAUGAAGCUGGUUGUAUUAUACUUGCAGCACAACAACAUUACAACUAUUGAGCCUGGUGCUUUCUUUGGGCUUAACAAACUUAAACAACUUUCCUUGCAGCACAAUGCGUUCGCAAUCAUGCAACCAAAGGCUUUCGUCGGACUUCGAGACCUGGAAUUGCUCGAUCUAAGUAAUAACAAAAUUGUGACGGUGUCUAUGGACGUGUUCAAGGGUCUUCGUAAUCUUAAAACCAUGUAA